CAGUGUCGCGUCAGUCCUCAGUGGAAUUGGUCAGUGAUCUGUGUCAGAACAGGGCCAGGCUGUCUGUACCGUCAUUGUAUUUAUCACUACUGUCACGAAUACUUUUGCCUGUUACAAAUAGUGCCACAGUGAGUUACCAGUGGGAAAUUAUUUGUUUUAUCCUGCUGUAUAUCUUCCUGCGCUGGACACCGGUUUUGGAUAACACAACCGAUUCUAGUUGGAGCCACGGCCGAGACGGACUCCCUGUCACUCACGUUGCGGGAAGCAGCGACGUUACUCGGAUACGUGCACGGGAGGGCGUUGCCGCGGGAUGGCAAAUACGUGACGCAUUGUCAGCCUGAUGGAAUCUAAAUGAAGCAUAUGCACGUCGAAGGGGACGAAGCAGCAGAAGAAGAAGAGAAACCUGAUGGGAGUUAGGGAAUAGACGCGAGACGUUUCCAAGAUGGGGCAUAGCGGAGGAGUGUCAAAGCAGCAGGAGCAGUAGCAGAAGAAAGGGGCCACCGCCAAAGCCGGGUGAUGGCCGCCACUGACGGGCAGAUCGUGGUGGCUGCAGCGCGCUGGGCCGAAGAGGCCACGUAUCUCAGGGAGUUCGUCUCGAAGUACCGCUUACCUGCGGUCAUUAAGAUCACCAAGGGCCAGUAUGGGGGCCUGGGCGUGCCCACGCUACCGGCGCCCAGUCUGCAGAGUACGGCCCUGCUCGUCUCGGCAGGAAGGCGGCGGAAGAUCGUCGCCCAGGCUGUGAAGAUCAAGGAAGGCAGACGGGUCGUGGGGGUCGGACCGCGUCUGGCCAUUCCCGACUCGUACACGGGAUACUUUGAGAUACUCAGCGAGGAGGGCAGGGCUGUGAGGGGUAUAGAGUCGGUGAACGAGCUGUCCCGUAGGUGUCCGGAGGAGGGUGCUCUCGUGAGGGAGACCGUCAGGGGCAUCGCCUGCAAGGUCGAGGAGUCCGGGAUGGUCGUGCCGGAGGGUUCGAGGACGUUGGCAGCGGGCGAGACCAUCACGACGGCUGGCGAGGUCACGAUACAGGGUCGGGGAAGAUUCCUUCGGUGCGUCGAUUGCCGCGGUGACAGUGUACUCCUGGGGAUCGACCAGAGGGGCAGAUUCAGCGCGCUGGCGCGGGAGGAUAAUAUCAGUGGAGUUCACACGGCCAGGGCGCUGCUCAGCAAGAGACUUCCGUUGACGGUGAGACUGGUGCACGGGCAGCCUCCUCGGGGGUUGAAAUCCUCGUCGCACUUCCUGCCGGAGCUGAGACUCCUGUCGACGUUCGAGGAGGAGCACGUGUUCGCGCUACCCCUACAGAGAGAGGGUGCGGCCGUGGCGCUACCACUGGCGGCGCCCUUGAAGCUGGUCAAAGCCAGGAACGAGGAGGUGCUGAGGUCUAUGCAGGAAUUCACUAGACUCGUCGACCGUGCCUCCCGUCUCGUGGCCGACGUUGCCGACAGAGCCCAUGUCCUGGACGGACGCUUGGGCGAGAGCAAGCCAAGACAGAGCAGAAGCGGCGGAUUCCUCAGGAGGUCUGCCAGCUCCGACAGUGCGAACCAUCAUAGGCACCAUCACCACCAUCAUCAUCAUCAUCAGACCAGUCACAGCACUCACAGUCACAGCUAUAAGGACGAGAACAGGGUGCCACCCUCGUACACGGAAGACUACGACGAGAUAGAUCAGAUUUACGACUACGUGCGAGGAUUUGCGCCGCUUCCGAAAAGCGUGAGGUCCCCAUACGAGAGCGCGGGCAGUAGCCCCCCGUUGACCCCAGUCACUGUGACCAUCGCGCCGCUCCUGGACGACAGACCGGAGCCACCGCCUAUCGAGACGAUACCUACGAAGAAGAUCCAAGCCGAGAAGAGGACGCGACGUGCCGUCAAGGAGACGCCAAUGCCACGAGUGGAGAAGCCACCCCUGGCUAAGCUCUACGUAAAGAACAGCGGUACCCAGAGGGGUCGUCCGUUAAUGAGGCAGAAGAGUGCGUCCCCGCUCAAGGAAACGCCACCCGGGUACAAGGGUGGCUCACCACUCUUUAACAUUCGCUACAAGAGCCUUACCAACCUUCAGCAAGCUAUGGAGCUGGACGGUACCCUGGACUCGAGUCAUUCGGGUGGUCGCACGUCUGGGGAUUCUGGGGCUGGUGCUAAACUUCCGGAAAAGAGAUCACGCCGCCUGAGCAGACCACGCUCACUGACGAAUCUGGUCUGGGAAUUGAGAGGCGGAAGUGGCGUUGGCUGUCCGAGGUCGGAAACGCCACCGACAAACACGACGGCACCGCUACCCCCGACCAAGUGCGGACCGCGUCUCGCCGUUACCGUCGUGGCGCCCCGGCGCGUCGGCACGCUCUACCUCUAACUCAUUCGACCGACGAAGAGUCGAAGAAGGCACCGAGCGCUCCACGAAGGGCGACGCGGAUCUCUCACGUCUUCGAUUAAUCAAAAUUUUCGUAGCCAGAGCUCAACGAGGACCGAGAUAAAGGGGAAUACGUAGGCUAGAACCCACCCGAUCGUUAUGAAAGAAACAUUUCAUUAUAAAUCCCUUCCCCUCUUCGUUUCCUUCCAUCUCCUUUACAUCACUUUAAUGCUAACAUUCUAACGCAUCGUUAACGCGAGCCAUUCGAACUCUCCGGGUUCAACUGUUAACGUCCACCGAAAAGAACGGUCAUUUUUAACUUUUUUUUUUUUUCUAUUUGUUUGUUUUCUUUUCUUUUCGUCUUUCAAUCGCUAAAUCGAUUCCUGCGUAGACGCGCGUACCUCGCGGCUUUACACGUUUUUCACUCCUGGCAUCGUUAUUCUUUACAUUCCCAUCCCUCGGGAUCUCUUCGUUUUACCGCACGACUUACUUUCCUUUUCUUUUUCCCCUUCUCCUUCAUCCCUUUGAAACGACCUGUUUCUCCUCCCCACCCGACCAACCUUCCCCUUCUUCACCCCC